AUGGAGGUUGAACCACACACUUCACUUGAGGUAAAUAACACUGAAAAAAGUGAAGUCACUGCAAGGUUAUGGAAAAGAUAUUGUUGUAUCCCACAAUGCGAAAGCAACAAUCGGAGAAACCCUGAACUGUCUUUUCAUAAGAUUCCAAAAAAUCCUGAUUUAAAGAAAAAGUGGGUAAGACUUUUGAAAAGAAAAGGUGUAAGAGAUCCUAGUUCCACCCAUAGGGUGUGUUCAAUGCAUUUUGUGGGAGGGAAGAAGACAUAUACCAACAACAUUCCAACAAUUUUUGCAUCAACAAGUAAACCAAGAAAAAGGCCCACUGUAAGAGUAACAGUUGACAAUAAUAAUUAUUCACAAUGUUCAUCAAGUGAAACAAGUAAAGAAAUAAGAGAUGAUGCAGUCACUAGUGAGAUUAAUUCUACAGUUGUUGAGAUUGAGGAUCCAAUAAAUAAAAUUAAGAAGGAAAUGGCUAUACUUGAGGAUGAGAAACAGCAGCUACAAAAACAGCAUGAAGAAGAUAUCAAAAAAGUACAAUUAAGUGCCUUCCGAUUAGAAAGAUUCAUAGGCAGUGACAACGAUUUUAGAUUUUAUACUGGAUUUCCCAACUAUUCAAGUUUUAAAGCUUUUUACGGGUACCUUUCUCCGGCCUGUGAACACCUUGUGUAUCAUGGUUCCAACACUGCUCCUAUAACUUCGGCAUCACAAACAAAAUGCGGUAAACAAAGAUCAAUGUCUCCUGAACAGGAAUUAUUCCUUGUGCUCACAAGAUUACGUUUGGGCUUACUUUUACAAGAUAUUGCUCACAGAUUUAAUAUCUCGACAAGCAGUGUUUCUCGUAUUUUUAAAACCUGGAUUCCCUUUAUGCAUCAACGCCUUCGCACCCUCCCAAUUUGCCCCAGCCGUAAAUUUAUUCAAGAUAACAUGCCUUCCUGCUUUAAGCACGUCUAUCCUAACACAAGAGUUAUUAUUGAUUGUACUGAGUUUUUCAUUGAAACACCAAUUUUUCUUCUCUUAACUACUGCACCGAAAUUUGAUGAUGUGAGCCUCUUACUGCGCUCCUCAAACCAUUUCUCACUGGAAGAUUGA